AUGGCCCUCAAGUCAGCCCGUGGGCUCGAGGGGCUGGAGCUGUGCGAGCUGUGCGAGCUGUGGCCGCUUGGGCCAUCUUGGAGCCAGACGAAGCAAUGCUUGGAGAUCCUCGGGGCAUCACUGCCGCCACCUGACGCCGCUUUCUUUGUGGUGCUGGCCUGGGAACUUGCGGAACUUGCGGAACUUGCGGCAUGGCUCCGAUGGCUCCGCGCAGAAGCCUGCGCAGCCUGCGCAGCCUCCAAGUCGGCGGUGCCAUUCGAGAGCUGGGACGGUUGGCGCCGGAGCUUCCUGACUUCCUGCCUGGGGAGCCGCUCUUGCGUUGGCAAAUGUCCAUCAUUUGGGCCAGGACCACCUGGUGACAUCGCCAAUGAGGCCAGCUUAUUACGAAGUCUGUUCUCUCCCCCAGUCUCAAAAACAAGAACAUGCAGCUCAAGCGACUGUCUCGGCGACCACUGCGCUGUGGAGCAGCGAGUUCGUCAAACCAAAAUACCUGUGUCCUGCCCUCGUUGCUGCAGCACACAAUUGACCACUUCCAGGGGUCAAAUCCAGCACGGCAAAGCGGGCAAAGCAGCUCUCGUUCUGCUCCGGGCCAGCAGGCCCGAAGCAGUGCAAGAUCUCGGAGAAGACCUGCUCGGGCAACUCCCAAGGAUGCAAUGCCUGCGCCUCCUGUGCCUGCGGCUGCGUGAGCCCACUCUGGCCAUCUUUGUCUUUGCCGACCACAUUGUGGCUUGCAGACUCGUGCAUGUGGACGGCACCGCCGGCCAAAUACGGGGUCUUUGGUCUGCUGGGUGA